CAAACACUGUUACAUCAUGCAGAUCUAAGAAGGAAAUCGGGAUCCUUCGUACGCAAGCAAAUGAAGCCUUUCAUCAAUGGCGAUCUCCUCAGAAACCCUACACUGAUCAAGAUCACCGCCUUCGUCCUCAUCUCCUUCUUUUUCUUCUACUUGGGCAAGCACUGGUCAGACGAUGGCUACCAACAACUCAUCUUCUUCUCCGCCGGCACCAUUUCCGGCAGAUCAUCCCCGUCGAUUUCCAUCUCUCCAAACAGUUACUGGACGUCCAAUAUCUCGUCUUUGAUUCCUCCAAACCAAACCCAGAAUGAAGCCUUCUCCUCACCUCUGCCGCUUUCCCCGUCGACUGUGGUGGAGCCAGUGACGAAGAAGGUUCCUCUUCCUCCUCGGGCGGGUCCGAUUCGGAGCUUCGGGAUCGUGGAUGGUAACGGUGUAAUGUCUGACGACUUUGAGGUCGGAGAGUUCGACAGUGAUUUGGUGGAGGAUUGGGGGAAUCGGACAGAGAUCGAAAGAAAAAGUGCGAAUGAUUCUAGGGUUAGGGUUAAGAAGUUUGGGAUGUGUCCAGAUGACAUGAGAGAGUAUAUACCAUGUUUGGAUAAUGCGGAAGCGAUGGAGAAGCUCAAAUCCACAGAACGAGGGGAACGGUUUGAACGCCAUUGUCCUGAGCAAGGUAAAGGCUUGAAUUGCUUAAUUCCCCCUCCUGAAAGUUACCGAACACCGAUUCCUUGGCCUAAAAGCCGCGACGAGGUGUGGUUCAGCAAUGUUCCUCAUACCCACCUCGCCGAAGACAAAGGAGGUCAGAACUGGAUUUUCAGAGACAAGGAUAAGUUUAAGUUUCCCGGAGGCGGCACACAGUUCAUACAUGGGGCCGAGCAGUAUCUGGACCAGAUGUCUCAGAUGGUACCUGAGGUCAAGUUUGGUGAACAUAUUCGGCUUGCUCUAGAUGUUGGUUGUGGUGUGGCAAGUUUUGGUGCUUACUUAUUGAACCGUGAUGUCUUAACAAUGUCGGUUGCCCCAAAGGAUGUCCAUGAAAACCAAAUUCAAUUCGCUCUGGAGCGUGGUGUUCCCGCAAUGGUUGCAGCAUUUGCUACGAGACGCUUGUUAUACCCAAGCCAAGCUUUUGAUCUUGUACACUGUUCAAGAUGCAGAAUUAACUGGACUCAUGAUGAUGGAAUUUUGCUCCUUGAGGUCAAUAGAAUGCUACGGUCUGGAGGAUACUUUGCUUGGGCUGCACAACCCGUCUAUAAGCAUGAAGCUGUUUUGGAGGAACAGUGGACAGCGAUGCUAAAUCUUACCGAUCGACUUUGCUGGAAACUGGUGAAGAAGGAAGGAUACAUAGCAAUCUGGCAGAAGCCCUUCAACAACAGUUGUUAUUUGAGCCGUGAGGCUGGCAUCAAACCUCCCCUUUGUGAUUCUGAUGAUGACCCAGAUAAUGUUUGGUACACGGAUCUGAAGCCUUGCAUAACUCGCAUCCCUGAGUCUGGAUACGGAGCAAACCUCCCCUCGUGGCCUGCCCGUUUGUACACUCCACCCGAUAGACUGCAGACUAUACAAAUGGAUUCCUUUAUUGCCAGGAAAGAGAUUUUCGAUGCCGAAUCGAAUUUCUGGAUCGACACAAUAGGGGGCUUUAUCACUGGUUUAAAAUGGAAAAAGAUGAAAAUGAGAAACGUCUUGGACAUGAGAGCUGGCUAUGGCGGAUUUGCAGCUGCGUUGGUUCAUCAUAAAUUCAAUUGCUGGGUUCUCAACGUGGUUCCCGUCAGUGGGCCAAACACGUUGCCCGUUAUUUAUGAUCGUGGACUAUUAGGAGUAAUGCACGACUGGUGUGAACCAUUUGACACAUACCCGAGAACGUACGACUUCUUGCAUGCUUCGGGACUCUUCUCAAUUGAGAGGAAGAGAUGCAACAUGUCGACCAUAUUGUUAGAGAUGGACCGGAUUUUGAGACCUGGAGGACAUGUCUAUAUCCGCGAUACGAUCGACGUUAUGGAUGAGCUUCGAGAGACGACAAAGGCGAUGGGCUGGCACACGUUUCUCCGGGAAACAUACGAGGGCUCUCACUCCACUUACAAGAUACUUACAUGUGAGAAACUUCUUCACCGUCCGUAAAACCAAAACCAACCGAACCUCUCGGUUCUGUGAUUCGAUUUGCACCUAUUUACUACACAAGUGUAGAUUUUGUCUUACCUAGUCAUAUAUUUUGUAGCAUUCUGAAGAUUUACAAACUUAUAGAUUGUAAUAAGGUCCGAUCUGUUGUAUCGUUCGUUGCAA